GUGUUCAGGCACCUCUGAGGGCAGCUAAGUUUCCGGAAGAGCAACUGGUGCGAGUUUAAUGGACAAGGAAGAGAUAUUUGUUUAGGUUUAGUCAGGAAAACAGACAUUCUUUUGUUCCUUCAAACUAUCUGGCUCUUUUUUAAAAUCGUUAGCAUGCCUCUAUUUGCCCAAAAUCCGUUUGACCAAGAUGUCGAAAAAGCAACCAAUGAAAACAACACAACAGAUGACUGGGGGCUCAUUAUGGACAUCUGUGAUAAGAUUGGAACGACGCCCAAUGGACCAAAGGACGGCUUGAGAUCAAUUAUGAAGAGGGUGAACCACAAAGUGCCUCAUGUUGCCAUGCAGGCCCUCAAUCUGCUGGGUGCUUGUGUGUCAAACUGUGGCAAAAUAUUCCACCUCGAAAUCUGCUCCAGAGAGUUUGCCGGUGAAGUGCGGACCGUGCUGAGCAGGGCCCACUCGAGGGUGUGUGAAAAGCUGAAAGCUCUGAUGGUGGAGUGGGCAGAAGAUUUCCAGAAAGAUCCACAACUCAGCCUGAUUGGUGCUACCAUCAAGUCUCUGAAGGAGGAGGGUAUCAGCUUCCCCGCCCCGUCCUCUCAGGGGUCCACAACAAAGGUCAGCACGCCGGCUGUGACUAAAACAUCAGAUGAUGACAACCUGGCUAAAGCCAUCGAGAUGUCCCUGCAGGAGCAGAAGCAGCAGGCAGAGACACGGCCCCUAGCUGUGACCUCUGACCCCCCGACUUAUACUAACGGAGGGGGGCAGGAGGCCCGGAAGGUGCGAUCGCUGUAUGACUUCGAGGCGGCAGAGGAUAAUGAACUGACCUUCAAAGCUGGAGAACUUAUCCUGGUGCUGGAUGACAGCGAUCCAAACUGGUGGAAAGGAGAGAACCACAGAGGAGUCGGCCUUUUCCCCUCCAACUUUGUCACAACCAAUCUGAAUGCUGAGCCCGAGCCAGUGGCUUAUAUUGAAAAGACGAGCAGUUCUGAAGAGUCGAGCCUGGAAACUAAAGUUGAGCCUGAGCCUGUUUUUAUUGACGAGGCGAAGAUGGACAGAACUUUGGCACUGCUACAGAAUGCAGAUCCUGCAGAUCCUGCUCCAGACUCCCCGGAGCUGAUCCAGCUGGAGGGUGCAUGUGGACAGAUGAACCCCAUGAUUGAUGAGAAGCUGGAGGAGAUUGACAGGGAACACUCAGAGAUGUCAGAGCUGAAUGUCAAAGUUCUGGAGGCUCUGGAGCUUUACACCAAACUCAUGAACGAGGCUCCUUUCUACUCGAACUACUCUAAGAUGCAGACACAGUACGGACCAGCCGGCUCAGCUCCAGCCAUGCAGGGCUACCAUGGCCAAGCAGGUGCCCCCUACCUUCCUCCAGGGAUGCCCCAGGUUCCUCCUGCACAGUCCUACAAUCUGCCCAGCGACCAGCCCGGACCUCUGCAGUCGCUGCCCCCCAACGUCUCCGCCCCGCCCAACACCCAUGCUGCUCAGCCUCCCUACAUGAGCACUGGCAUGAACGCUCAGUACAUGAACCCGGCACCUGGAGCUCCCUAUCCACACCAGGCGGGCGUGGCCAUGGACAUGUCGGCCUAUCACAACGCCAACAUGCCCCCUGUCUCCUACCCCGUCUCCGCUCCCCCUCACCAGGCUCCUCAACAGCAGCAGGCGGCAUAUUAUCAGCAGCCUCUGCUGUAAAACUCCCUCUGCCUGCAGACCUGAGAUGAUCACAGACAUCAGAUGUUUCAUACUUCUGUGGUGUGUUCAUUCGGCUAACCUUGCGUGAGUGUUUCUGUGUGUGUGUGUGUUGUUGUUGCUUGGGAACAUUCCUGAAGCCAUUUUUUGUGCCUGAUAAGCUGUAUUGAACACACCACAUGAAGAUGAACUGAGGUAUGUGUGUAACGCAGGACUGUAAGUUCAUCGGAGUCAGGACUCUGUCUCUGUGUGCAUGUCCUCAGCUGUAUGUGAGGCUGAACAUCAGGAUCUGCCAGGAAUGAUCUCCUGUCUGUCCUGGCUGACAGUGAACGCAGCACCGGUCUUCAAACACAUCACAGAGGAAGAGUUGGGUUUGCACCACCAAGACAGGACCACAUACCAAGCAGUCGAUGCCUGACUCUGAAGAAAUCAACAUUUUGCAAUCCCCCAGGUCAACACAAAGCUUCCCCCCCACACACCUAUUCCCUUUAAAUAAUCCAGAAACACAUCCUCCUGUGAGAUGAGAGCAGAGGCUCAGGCUGUGUUCGCAGUAAUGCAGAUAAAUGUGACAGUGAUGCGUCCUUUUCUCAGUCUUCACCUUGACUACAUCAGCCGUGUGGUGAAAUGGCAAAGCAGCUGCAGUGCUGAGGCUUUAUCUACAACACUGAGAGAGUUUUUGCAGCUCUCAUAUUCUUUUUUUUAAAUACAUGUUUUUAUUAUUUUAUUAUUUUCAGAACAAAACAACAAAAUGAAAGACUCAUUCUGUGUACAAAGCAGAUUUUCAGACAAAGAUUUGUACUGUCACCCCCACUUAAUUAAAUUAUAAUAAUAACAGACCUUUGACUCAAAAAACAUGACACAUGUAAAAAAGGAAGAUUAGCAAAGACAAAAGAAACAAACAGACAAAAAGCAGAGAGAGAAAAACAACAAGUAGUAGCACAUAAUAAGUCGUCCUCCAACUCCCAUCCAUGAAGAAUGCUGGAAAGUGAUGUUGGAUGCGUCAUCUCUGUAGUUCUAGGAACUGUUUUCAUCCACUCUGAAGGGUACUUGCCUUUCAACAGUGUAUGUUUGAAAUCUGAAGGGUUCCAGAUCUUAAGGAAUGAGCCUUCAUUGGCCCUAAGAACUGCACUUAUCCUUUCAGUCCUCAUAUUCUAAAGUUAUAUUUUUGGGGCUUUUUGCCUGUAUUCCAUAGGACAGCUGAAGAGAGACAGGAAGUAUGGGGAGAAGAGAAUGGGGGAAGACAUGCAGGAAAUGGUCGACCGGUCUGGAGUCGAACCAGCGACCCCUGCGACGAGGACUGUAGCCUCUGUAUGUGGGGCGAUUAGACCGCUAGGCCACCAGCGCCCCCAGCCCUCAUAUUCUAAUCAUUGUAAUAUCACGGGCACAAAAGCAGAGCUGCAAGUUCAAUAGAAAUGAAUAGUGUGUAAUAGCCUUUGCACAGCUGGUUAAGUCAGCUGGAGCAUGUCUUCUCUUUGAGGUGCAUGUGUGAAAACACUGCUAAACCAUACCUGCAUAUAGACAACCUGCAGCUGAUGUUAACUUUCAGAACGUACCAGAAUAAUAAAAACAAUGCAGAUCUGUUAGGAGGAGCUGCUCAAUCAGCUUGUGAAUGGCAGCCUUUGCAGACACACAGAGGAUUCUUUUGUGUUGACUUGAAUCAACCCUUAAACAGGAUCUCCAGAUGAAUCUGCAUUAAUGUGAACAUGACCUCCACGUUUUAAUUCUAACAGCCAUCUUAUUUUUAAGUUUCUAAGUGACUUCACAGGAUUGGUGAGAGGGAGCUCGUGUUUCUGCAAAAGCCGGCGCUUAUUGAAUUCGAGGGGGGGAUGGGGCUUAGGUGCUCGCUCCAGGAACAGAAGCAAACGUGCAGAUAUUGAAAAAGGCAGGAGCUCCACGUUCGUUUGUUUGUUUCUUUCUUUCUUCCUCACCAGCAUCCAUCACUGUAGCUGCUCUUUGAUCCAAACAACCGAAGUACAAACUACGUUUUCAACUAACAAAUCUGUUGACAGUAAUUUUUUGUGUGAAUGGUUCAAGACUCUCUCUUUUCCAUAAACUCACUGCCUUGUAAUGCAUUCUGUGGUUGCAUUUGAGAUAUUUAAGAGGACAUAAGUGUGUGUUUCUUUCUUUUUACGUAUGUGUGUGUGUAUAACGUACGUAUGUGUUUGAGGGCUUACAGAUAAAAGGUUUCUUCGUCAUUGCAAUUUUCUCAUCAGAUUUUAGGUCAACAGGAGAAAUAGUUGUUGUGAUCUCUCUCUGCGUGUUCACGAAUCUGACGGACAAAGUACCUUCUUGCCUCCUCUUCUUCUUCUUCCUCACGCGUGGGGAAAACUUCUGCUCAUCUGAAAAUGUUUAGAGUCUAUGCUUUAUGCAAAUGCACGAUUCUGAGAUUUCUCACGUCUAAACUUUAUUUCCAACUUGUCAAUGACAUUGCCUGUACUUUGAUUUAUAUAUAUAUUGAGACAUUAUACAUGUGUAAUUUACAUGUUUGGAGAUUGUGUAAUUAUUAUUCUUACUCUGCUUCUGCUUUUACUUUUUGAUCGUCCAGGCGAAAAUGUACAUGAAACAGAAAUGUCAGAAAUGGUUAGCUGCUGUUUGAAGAAUCUUUUGUAGAAAGAGGAGUGUGAAAUCAUGUUUUAACUUCCUGUUGGUUUGUCUUCACUUUUUGGGAUGAUAAUUACUGAGCAGCUCAGAGAUUAGAACCCGUAGUCCUGUCGCUCUGUAGUCCUAAUUUUUAGUCUGAACUGUCUAUAUUUCCUUUCACGCCUCAGACUAAGGGCAUUGUAUAUUAGAUGUAAGAUACCUGGUUUUGUCAGUGACAUUGCACCUUAGCUUUGUAAACAUUUAUUUACCACUGGAUGCCUUGUUUCUCUGUACAAGCAAAGAAUGACACAGACGCGACUUCUAGCGAGUAACAGUCUCUGAAUCAGCUGGUUAUGUAAAAUUCUGUAUAUUUAAAAUACUCCAGGAGAAGUUCCUUUAUCCAGGAUUUUAAAAAGUGCUUUUGUAACAGAGCAAACUUAUAAUAUUCUUUGAAAUAAAAAAAUGUACCUGUGUUGAUGAGA